AUGUCCACGUUCGGAACACAUUUCCGGGUCACCACCUAUGGCGAAUCCCACUGCCUGUCGGUUGGAGCCAUCAUCGACGGCUGCCCACCCGGCAUGGCGCUCACAGAGGCGGACAUCCAACCCCAGAUGACGCGCCGCCGACCGGGCCAGUCAGCCAUCACCACCCCACGCAAUGAAAAGGACCGGGUUGAGAUACAGUCUGGCACAGAGUUUGGCAUCACAUUGGGCACGCCGAUUGGCAUAAGGGUCAUGAACGAGAACCAGCGCAAGCAAGACUACGGCAACCAGACAAUGGACAAGUACCCACGACCAAGCCAUGCCGACUGGACGUACCUGGAGAAGUACGGAGUAAAGGCUAGCUCUGGAGGUGGCCGGAGUAGUGCUCGUGAGACUAUUGGACGGGUAGCGGCUGGCGCGAUUGCAGAAAAGUACUUACGUGAAGCCUACGGUAUCGAAAUAGUUGCAUUCACAAACUCGAUUGGAAACGAGUUCCUGUUCCCCCCUACGCCCGAGCAUCCAACAGCAUCCACAAACCCAGAGUUCCUCAAACUCGUCGACACCAUUACACGGGAGAAGGUGGAUGAGUACCUACCAGUACGAUGCCCGAGCGACGAGGUUACCAGGCGCAUGGAAGACUUGAUUGCCAAGUACAGAGACGCGCAGGACAGCAUUGGUGGUACAGUGGCCUGUGUCAUCAGGAACUGCCCAACAGGUCUGGGAGAGCCAUGCUUCGACAAGCUCGAGGCAAAGCUGGGGCACGCCAUGCUGUCGAUUCCAGCGACUAAGGGAUUUGAAAUUGGAUCUGGUUUUGGAGGGGCACAGGUGCCCGGGUCGAUCCACAAUGACCCAUUCAUCAAGGCGCCCGCAGUGCCCGCGGGGGAGAAUCCGUCUGCAAAGGUGUUCCGCUCGAAGCCCAAGCUCACCACCAAGACAAACAACUCGGGAGGCAUCCAAGGAGGCAUCAGCAAUGGGGCACCCAUCUACUUUAAUGUGGCGUUCAAGCCCGCGGCAACCAUCGGGCAAGCCCAGUCGACUGUAACAUACGACCAGGAGGACGGUGUGCUGGAGGCAAAGGGCAGACACGAUCCAUGCGUGGUGCCCCGUGCCGUGCCCAUCGUGGAGAGCAUGGCAGCACUGGUGAUCAUGGAUGCAGUGCUGGCGCAACAGGCACGACAGGGCGCUCGGAGCCUGUUGCCGGCGAUCAAGGGUGUGGUGCCGGUACAGAUGCAGGGCGGGGGCGAGGAGUAG